AUAUAAAUAAUCAAGGCAUAUAUAUUCAAAUGCACAUGUGAAAUUUAUUUAAAUUGCCAGCAAACAACAUCAACAAUCAACGAUUUAGUUACUCGGUACGGGCUGGGUAGGCUGUGUGUGGACAAACAAGUGCUAAGCGCUGCAGCCUGCAACUGGCAGGCAAUUUAAGCGCACAGCUGGCGGCAUUGGUGGCGGCAGGGGCAGCGGCAGCGGCAGCGGCAGCGACUGUGCAGCGCCAUGGUGAGCCACAAUGCGGAAAUUGUGAAAACGGAAAAUGGCAAAAACGCGAGCAUUAUUGUAACAGCCGGCGGCAAUGCAAUGCAGCCCAUGAAGACAAGCGCAAUAGUGUCCACGUCGCUGGAUGACUUGAGCGAGCAGGAGAAUGGCACAACGGCUGAGGAUAUACACUUGAACGAUUUGUACACACGCUAUCGCCAGAGGCUGCGCAAGUCGCUCUUCAGAUCCGGCCUGUUAACCUCGUUGGUGGCAUGUGUGGUCUCCAUUAUAAUUGGCGUCAUUUACGAGCAGCAUUUGCUGCAAACGCUGCUGCUGGCUUUGGCGGCGCUUAUCUCUGGUUCCAUAUUGACGGCCCUGCAGUUUCCCGCGGUGCUGAGCUCGCCAGCUGCCGCUUUGUCCUUUGCCAUUGUCACCACAUUCUCGUUGGGCACAAUUGCGGCCAUAACUGGGAAUAAUCUGGCGCCGCUGCCAAUGUAUGCAUUGUUUCUGGGCAUACACACCAUGCUGCCCAUAUCCUGGCCGGUGUCGGUGGUGCUGGCAUUGUUUAUGACUGCCAUACAUAUAGUUUAUAGAAUUGGCACAAGUGCGGAUUAUGUGCCUGAUUUGCCAACGCUAUUCGGCGAGAUUGUAAUGCUGGCCAGCGCAUCCGUAUCAGGUCUCUACUAUCGCAUUAUGUCGGAUGCUGCACACAAUCGCACCGUUGAUGGCACACGCACCGGCAUUGAGCAGCGUGUCAAGCUUGAAUGCGAACGGGAGCAACAGGAGCAGCUGCUGCUCAGCGUCAUACCUGCCUACAUAGCAGCCGAGGUUAAGCGCAGCAUUAUGCUCAAAAUGGCUGACGCAUGUCAGCGAGCUGGGGGCCAGGCGUCUACGUCAGCUACACGAUUCCACGAACUGCACGUGCAGCGGCAUACAAAUGUUACAAUACUUUUUGCAGACAUUGUGAACUUUACGCCGUUGUCUUCUUCACUAACGGCUAGCGAUUUGGUCAAAACCUUGAACGAUCUUUUUGGGCGCUUCGAUCAAAUAGCACAGGAAAAUCAGUGCUUACGUAUUAAGAUUCUUGGCGAUUGCUAUUACUGUGUAUCUGGUCUGCCCAUCUCGAGACCGCAACAUGCCAGCAAUUGCGUCAACAUGGGCCUGCAAAUGAUCGAUGCCAUCAGACACGUGCGUGAGGCAACCGGCAUAAAUGUUGACAUGCGAAUUGGCAUUCAUACUGGCAACGUACUCUGCGGCGUCCUUGGCCUACGCAAGUGGCAAUUUGAUGUUUGGAGCGAUGAUGUUACACUCGCCAAUCACAUGGAGAGCGGCGGCGUUGCGGGACGCGUGCAUAUUACAAAGCAGACUUUGGAUUUUCUGGCCGACAAAUUUGAAGUGGAGCAAGGCGAGGGCUUCAGUCGCGAUUCGUAUCUGGCGGAUCACAAAAUCGAAACGUAUCUUAUUGUGCCGCCCAAGCCCGCUUAUAUGCAGAGUGUGCCACGCGUUGUCGAGUGCAUGGAGCAAACAGAGUCGACGCCAGAGCCUGCGGCUAAGGAGGACGGCGAUGCCAACGAGAAGCUGCUGACCACCGAGCACCGUUCGCCCACAAAAGCUGUGAACGCAGAAAGCGUGGCUGAGAAGCAUUCGCCCACCUCGACACACAGCCAGGAGAUUGCACUGCAUGCGCCGCUUACCUCUGCUGCCUCCAUGUCCAUCAAAGAGCUCUCGGAGGAGGAGGAGGAGCAUGCGGCUGCGGGCGACCCACUAUUGGACAGACAUCAGGAGCGCGAUACUCCCAUUGUGGCAUUGCAUCGUGGCAGCGGCGACUCGGCUGCCUCGGAAUCAGCACCCAAGUCUGUCGCACUGUCAUUGCCAGCCGAUGACUUGCUCAGCAUGAGCGGCAGCGAGAGUGGGAUCUCCAACAGCGGUGGUCCGCCGGUCACUACUAGCGUUGCCACGCCCACAACAACAACAGCAACUAGCAGCAUGGGCACUAACAGUUUAACAGUAGCGGAGGCGCCUGAAAGAUCACGUCGUAAGCUUUCCGUGCAGGGUCUAAUGUCCUUUGCCGACAGACGCCGCUCGUCGGGCGCCUUUGUGGAGGGUCGCAAAAUGUCCAUACACAGUGGUGAAAGUUUUCGCAGUCAUGCGGGUCAUGUCACACGCAAUCGUCCCUCGUCCAAGAUGACCAAGUAUGUAGAGUGCUGGGGCGCCGAUAGACCUUUUGCCAACAUAGCGGAGUCCAAGCUGGUGAAAAACAUUGGACUAGCGAGCAUAGCGAUGAUUGAAUCAAAUUUAUUGCCACCGGAGCGUAAAUGCUUCAAUUCCAACUUCUUGGGACCUCCCACAGAGCUCAAACCGCUCACCAUGUGGUACCGUAAUACGCCCAGGGAGGCCAUGUAUCGCGCUCAGCCGGAUACGCAUUUUCGCUUCGAUCUUAUAUGCGCUUUUGUGCUCUUCUUAUCGCUGGCCGUGGUGCAGCUGAUUGUCAUUGACCUCAACUUGGCUCUGCUGGGCUCCUUGCUGGCCAGCUUCAUAUCCUUGGCACUGUUUUUGUAUUUGAGCAACAUGUCAGUGCCGGAUAUGCAUGCCUCCAAUACAGAUCGCAAUGGUCCGGGACAGGUGGUGGCCAGCAGUCGCUAUCUGCGUCUGGCCAUGUUCAUUGUGGUCAACAUACUUAUCUCAGCCUGUGCAGUAUUUAGCGUGAUCAACUAUUCACUGCCGGAUGAGCCUGAAAGCUUUGCUGCCAACAAUAGCAGCCUGCUGGACAUCAAUGCCACCAGCAGCAGUGGCAACAUUACAGUGCUGGAGGAUAUGCAGCCCUUGGAAAUAGCUCAUGCCAUACCCAAAGCUCCCAUCUUUCUCUGCUGCUGCGCCGUUAGUCUAGCGGCCAUUUCAGCUUUUUUGCGCUCUGGAUUUAUACUCAAGUUGAUAACCAUGCUGCUGGCCUUACUUGGCCAGAUGAUUGUGCUGGGCUACAGCGAUCUCUAUGUGCAGUAUAAUCUGCUUAAUCUGCACGAUGGACUGCGCUUGGAGGUGAAGGGCUUUCUGCUGUUGCUGCUGGUGGUCGCCAUACUGCAUACGCUGGAUCGUCAGGGCGAGUAUGUGGCACGCACAGACUUUCUAUGGAAGGCUAAGCUUAAGGUGGAACAGGAGGAAGUGGAAACCAUGCGUGGCAUUAACAAGAUUUUGCUGGAGAACAUUCUGCCAGCGCACGUGGCAACGCAUUUUUUGCAUCUAGAGCGCUCUACGGAGCUUUACCAUGAGAGCUAUUCCUGUGUGGCGGUGAUGUUUGCCUCCAUACCCAACUACAAAGAGUUCUAUGAUGAAACGGAUGUCAACAAGCAGGGCCUGGAGUGUCUGCGCCUGCUAAAUGAAAUCAUUUGUGAUUUCGAUAAGUUACUACUCAAACCCAAAUUCAGCGGCAUCGAAAAGAUUAAAACCAUAGCUAGCACCUAUAUGUGUGCUUCGGGUCUGAGACCAGGCAAAGAGGAUGGCGCUACUUCGCGUAGCUUUGCGGAUGAGAAGCGCACGGAGGAGCACAACGUUGUCAUAUUGGUUGAGUUUGCGAUAGCUUUGAUGUCCAUAUUGGAUUCAAUAAAUCGCGAGUCGUUUCAACGCUUUCGCUUGCGCAUUGGCCUUAAUCAUGGCCCGGUCAUUGCGGGCGUUAUAGGCGCCCAGAAGCCACAGUAUGAUAUUUGGAGCAACACGGUGAAUGUGGCCUCACGCAUGGAUUCAUGUGGUGUCAUGGGACGUCUGCAGACAACGGAGAAUACAGCAAAGAUAUUAAUGGCCUCGGGACACUACGACUGCGAGUGCCGUGGCCUCACCUAUGUGAAGGGCAAAGGGAAUCUAGUCACCUAUUUUGUAAAGACACCAUACGAUGGCAAAUUGUAAUUUCCAUCAAUUGUUGUUUCUGUUUUAGUUUUUAAAAUAUGUUUAGGAAUUGUUUGUUAUUUAU